GAGCAGGCCAGUUUGCACAGACCGUUCGAGUGGAAUGCGCUGUUGCGUCGUUCACCGUCGUCGACCCCACGUGAACGUCUCUCGGCGCCGUUGUUGAAACGAAUUGAAACGUUAUUCACGCGAACGAACGUCCGACCGAAGAUCCUUACGUAACUCAGUGUUGCGACCCCCGACGUCGGUGUUCCAUUGAGAAGUUCGAGUUGUUUGAACGAACCCUCUAUCUACACGUGUAAUAAACAUACAUAUACACACAGAGAGAGAAAGAAAGAAAUAGAGACAGACGGCUGUGUGCGGUACGUCGAAGGGAUCAACGCGCGGCAGAGAAGUGUGCCGUUCCGUCGGGCCCAUAAAAAAGUGAAAAACGCCAAUAAUGACCGAUCGCAGAACAUUUGUGGUUUUCGCCGCUGCCCUGGCGCUCGGGUGUCACGUCCUGUGCGUCACUGGUUCCGCGAUACCCAUGUGGGAGUUUCUCUCACGGGACGAGAAAAUGAGCCACCUGUUCCGGAUGUUCAGCCAGCAGGUGGCCAAGUUCUGUGCCGAUUCCUCGAUGCCGGACUGCAACAAAAAUCUGUUGGUCUCCUGCCUAAGGAAUUUGGCGAACAUGGACGACGCUGUUCUCGAUAAACUGGACCCGUAUCAGCACGGCGCGAAGGAAAUGAUCUGGAGCGCUAUGGUGAAGAACGGAUUUUCUACUAGGAUCGGCCACGAGCAUGAUGAUUCCUACUUCACAACCGGAUCCGAUCCAUUAGCUACCAGCGACAGCGAGACGAACGGCCUGAGCGAAGAGACGGAGCCGUCGCACGAUUACGUUCGGCCGCCCGCGGAGCACACAGGCCCGUACUUGGUCGGGCCGAUGGUGAUCCGUGUUUACCCGGAUGGACGGCCGGUGCCUGAGGACUCGACGCGCCCGUUGCCGCGGGACGAGGACGUCGACGAGUACAGAUCGUCUCGCGUGCCGUCGAUCGAGGAACUCGAGGCGGACGGCCGGAGCUCGUUCUACGGAAAACGAUCCAAGGGUAACACGUUUCCCGAGGCUAAGAAUCAUCGGCGUCACACGCCGUUCGACAGGCGGCUGCUGCAAGAGGUCGUCGCUAAACGCAAGAUCCGUUACUACUGAGGGAGCGAGACUCAUCGCUGAGGAAUGUACCUUCGGACGCCGGAAAUGACGGACGCGAACGAGGAACCGCGUGUCCCGCGCAACGAACGCCGUGUUCCCGCUUGGUUCGACCGUUUCGCCGGGUCGGCUUGUACGACUCGCACGCGUGCAGAUCGUUCGGAACGAUGUGAUUGGUGAUCCGAACGCCGGAGACCGAACUUUCGAUGUGCUCGCACGAGCGAAGAUGCUGCGGACUUGAUCAAGUGUCGUCAAAACGCCUGUAAACGGUGUUCGCACAGAGUGCACCGUCCGACUGGAACUGUAGGCUCUUUCACGGCGCAAGUUGGAGACAGAAUUAUCCGUUACGUAGUUGUAGGGGGAUUCGUUGUGUACACGAUAGAAUUCGUUUCCGAUAGAUGUCGCUGAUUAUACAGGGUAUCCCAAAAAUGUCUCGUAAUCCGAAAAUGGCGGGUUCCUUAGGUCAUUCGAAGCAACU